AUGGCGCCCAUUGCCAUCACCCCCGACCGCUCGACUGCAAGCCCGUCUGGCGAUAGCGAGAAUGGCUUCUUCCAUGGCAAUGGUAGCGUGCCACGCUGGAACAUCAACGGCUGGCGCAAUGGCCAUGUCAAUGGGAACGGCUCGAAUGGAACGGCGGCGCGUCAGCCUGGAACUGCUUCCAACGUCCAUGGCAACAGGCAGAUGCCCAUUGCCAUUGUCGGCAUGGCCUGUCGCAUGCCCGGGAACGUCUCCAGCCCAACGGAGUUCUGGGAACUGCUCUCCCGGUCUCGAACAGGCUUCACUGCCAUUCCAAAGGAGCGCUUCAACACGGAGCUCUUCCAUCAUCCAAAUGCCGGCCAUGGCGGAAGUUACACGCCUGUCGGGGGUAACUUCCUCAACGUCAACCUGGCCAACUUCGAUGCUCCUUUCUUUGGGUUGACCGAGAAAGAAGCCAUCUCCCUGGACCCGCAGCAGCGAUUGCUGCUCGAGUGCACCUUUGAGGCUCUCGAAAACGCCGGCAUCCCCAAGCAUGACAUUGUAGGAAAGGACGUUGGUGUCUUCAUCGGCGGCUCUUUUCCAGAAUACGAGUCACACCUCUUUCGUGACAGUGACACCAUUCCAAUGCACCAAGCUACUGGCUGUGCGUAUGCCAUGCAAUCCAACAGGAUCUCCCACUUCUUCGACCUCCGUGGUCCCAGUUUUACUUCAGACACCGCGUGCUCGUCGAGCAUGGUGGCUAUUCACCUCGCUUGCCAGAGUCUCCGAGCUGGUGAAUCGAGUUGCGCUCUCGUCGGCGGCUGCCACUUGAAUAUGUUGCCCGAGUUUUGGAUUUCUUUCUCAACCUGCCGCCUCUUGGCUGACUCUGGACGGUCUUUCGCUUUUGAUAGCCGAGGCACAGGCUUUGGGCGGGGUGAAGGCUGCGGCAUGCUGAUCCUGAAGCCUCUCGACCAGGCUCUGAAAGAUAAUGACUCUAUCAGGGCCGUCAUAGCAGGCACUGGCCUGAAUCAGGAUGGGAAGACGCCUGGUAUUACCAUGCCAAGCGGCGAAGCGCAAGAGAGCUUGAUGCGAAAGGUCUACCAAGAGGCGGGGCUUGACCCUCACGACUGUGGGUUCGUCGAAGCACAUGGCACUGGCACCAAGGUUGGGGACCCGAUUGAAGCCACCGCCAUCCAUAACGUUAUUGGGCAAGGCCGAGGCCCUAGAGACCCGCUCUACAUUGGCUCAGUGAAAUCAAACAUUGGACACUUGGAGGGAGCUUCGGGUAUCGCCGGCAUUAUCAAGGCAACUUUGAUGUUGGAGCGGGGCUUCCUCGUCCCUAAUCAUGACUUCAAACAACCAAAUCCCAAGAUACCCUGGAAAGAAUGGAACCUCAAGGUUCCCCUCAACCAGCGGCCCUGGCCCAAGAACAAGAAGUACAUCAGUGUCAACAAUUUUGGCUUUGGUGGUACAAAUGGGCACGUCGUUCUUGAGGCGGCACCCUUCGUGCAACGUCCGCAUCAUGAACUCGAGCCGCCGAGCGAGAGGAAGAAGCUGGCGCACAGGAAGCUCUUCGUCUUCACAGCCAACGACAAGGCGGCUCUUGGGGCAGUUCUGAAGAACAUGGUCAUCUACCUCGAGCAGAGGCCUGAGAUCUUUCAGAUGCAGCUGAUGAACGACAUCGCCUACACGCUCGGCCAGCGAAGAUCACUUCUGCACUGGAGAGCGGCAAUUCCCGCCAAGGACUCCUUUGAACUGAUCGAGGCUAUCAACGGCGAUAAAGUUGUCUCUGGCAAAGAGGUCGAGCCGCUCCGGAUCGGUUUCAUCUUUACAGGCCAGGGUGCACAGUGGUGUGCUAUGGGCCGUGAGCUGUACAAGCAAUACCCAGUGUUUGCCAACGCUCUUGAUCGUGCAGAUGAGUGUCUCAUCAACCUCGGCUCGCAGUGGUCUCUCAUUGAAGAAUUGAGCAAGGACUCGGAAACUACCAGGGUCAGCGAAGCACACAUCAGCCAGCCUUCUUGCACAGCUAUACAGCUGGCUCUCACCGAUCUUCUCCGCGACUGGGGGGUGCACCCUGCUGCAGUGGCUGGGCACUCGAGCGGGGAAAUUGGAGCAGCUUAUGCGGCUGGUAUCAUUAACUUCGAGUCUGCCAUGGCGAUCGCCUACCACCGUGGCCGGCUGAUCCCUGUCUUGAGGCAAAGGUUCCCCGAUCUCAGAGGCCGCAUGACGGCUCUCGGAGGCAGCAAGGAUGAUGUGCAGCCUUUGAUCGAUGGAUUGGUCGAAAAGGAGGUGCGAAUUGCUUGCUACAACAGUCCCUCCAGCCUGACCAUCUCUGGAGACGAAGCCGCGCUUGUCGAGUUGGAGAAGCUGGCGGAACAAAGGCAGAUGUUUAACCGACGACUGGUGGUCGACACUGCCUAUCACUCCCACCACAUGAACCUCGUGGCCAAGGAGUAUCGUGCGUCGCUUCUGAAGCUUCAGGCACCAGUGUCGACAAACGUCAAGUUCCACUCAUCACUGCACGGGCGAUUGAUUGAUGCGGCCGAGCUCCAGGCCAACUACUGGGUCGACAACUUGACAUGCCCAGUCAAGUUCUCGGACGCUAUCGAGAGCAUGCUGGACUCGGACGGGGAACACCGCACCGGGGUCAAUAUGCUUGUAGAGCUAGGCCCUCAUUCCGCGCUUCAGGGGCCGAUCAAGCAGAUCCUGAAGGCCAUCGGCGGACCUGCUGCCAAGGUCCCCUAUGCUUCUGCCCUGGUUCGCAACAAGGACGCUGUAGAAAGUGCCAUGGAUUUUGCUGCCGUGCUCUUUAGUAAAGGCGCUGCCCUCAACUUCGAAGCCAUCAACUUCUCCGCUCCCAAGAAGCAGCCUAUUCUAAUGACUGAUCUACCGCGAUAUCCUUGGAACUACUCGACGAAGUACUGGCAGGAGUCCCGCAUGACGCAAAAACACAAGCAUAGAAAGGAGAAGCGCAGCGAUGUUCUCGGAGUCGAGGCGAUCUAUUCCAAUGACCUGGAGCCAACUUGGCGAAACAUUGUGCGGCUCGAUGAAUUGCCCUGGCUGCGCCAUCACCGUAUCCAGUCACUGACAGUGUUCCCGAUGGCGGGAUUCAUUAUCAUGGCUAUGGAGGCAGCAGCUCAGAGAGCGGCCGCCAAGGACGCCGACGUUGACCGUUUUGAGCUCAAGGACAUCUCCAUGCUCAAACCUCUGAUCCUACCCGAUGAGGACUUAGAGAUGACGAUCAACCUGCGUCCACACCAAGAGGGAACGUUGGUCUCCUCGGAAACCUGGGAUGAAUUCCGUAUCUGCUCGUACUCCCACAUCAAAGGAUGGACUGAGCACUGCGUCGGUCUCGUCGCCACACAGGCCCUCCAGGCAAACGAAGUAGACGACGACCGACGAAUCCAGGCCUCCAAGACCUUGCUGCACUGCUCAAAAUCGGCCAUCAACUCGAACCCAGACGCCGCGGUUGUGGACCCGAAGAAGAUGUAUAGCUCACUAGAGGCUCUUGGGGUUGCGUUUGGUCCGACCUUCCAGGGGGUCAAAGAAUGCAAGGCCUCUGAAACGUACUCCAUGGCCAGCAUCGUAAUGACAGAUAUCGCCAAGGAGAUGCCGGGCGGCCAUAUGUCCUGCCCGAUACUCCAUCCCACCCUCAUCGAGUCCGUCAUUGGGAUCUACUGGCCCAUCCUCGGCGCAGGCCGCACUGGCAUCGACACGAUAUAUCUACCCUCUUCCAUUGGCAGAGUAUCCGUAUCCAAGAGCGCUGCCCUGUCGACUAGGGAGCCGGGAUCGGAGCUCCAGGCCUACUGCAAAGCAGAUCUCCCCAUCCCGGUGGUGAAGCCGACUUCAGUUUCAAUGUUUGCCACGAGCGGCGACGACCCUACCGAAGCCGCCAUCGCUAUAGAGAACAUGACGAUUUCUCCCAUCAUUGACGGCGAGACGCAGUUCGAAGCCAACAACCCCCGAGAACUAUGCUACAAGCUCCAGUGGGAGCCUGCGUUGGAGCCCCUCCACGGCACACCCACCGAGUACGUGGUAGUGAAUGGAGUGGAGGACGGGAAGCAUGAGCAGAGCUACCCCAAGACCCCUCUGGUCAUCAUACAUGAGGAUGCACCAUCGCAGGAGCUGGUCGCCCUCAGCCUGGCCUCGGCACUGGACCAGGUCACGGGGAGAAUGCCAGAGGUUGGCGCAUUUGAAAGCGUGGAUGCUACUGGAAAGAUAUGCAUCGUUCUGUCAGAACUCUACCGGCCGUUGUUGGCGUCUCUCACACCAGCGGCUUUUGCGGCACUGCAGAAGAUCGUAACCAAGGCAGAGGGUUGCCUCUGGGCUGUCCGGGGUGCCUAUGAAAAGUCUAGCAAUCCCGACCUCAACAUGAUUAUGGGCCUCAGCCGAUCUAUCCGGUCAGAGACGGCGAUGAAGUUUGCCACUCUUGACCUGGACGACGCGUCGCCACUCUCUGAGAAUGAUACCGCACGAGCUAUACUCAAGGUUCUGGCGGCAGCAUUCGGCCCCGACUCGUCGGCCACCAGUGAGCUCGAGUUCAUGGAACGUGCCGGUUCGUUCUUCACCCCGCGCAUAGUCAAUGACGACAAGAUGAACGAGUACGUCCACAGACAGACCAAUCCAUCCGCGCUCGAGCCAACACCUUUCGGGGAGCCCGGCAGAAAUCUCAAGAUGGUCUUGUCUACGCCGGGGGCACUGGACACGCUUCACUUCCUUGACGAUGAAGCAGCGGAAGCCCCGAUUGAUGGCGAUGUGAUCGAGAUCCGAGUCAAGGCCAUCGGUAUGAGUUUCCGAGACAUCAUGGCGGCCAAGGGGCAGGUGCAAGGGGAAUUUGGCUUCGAAGUCAGCGGUGAAGUGAUCCGUGUCGGGAACGCCGUCACGCAUCUUCACCAGGGAGAUCGGGUGGCUGCCGUCACAGAGGGAGGGUAUGCCACCACGACACGCACGAAAGCCGACAAGGCGUUCAAGAUCCCAAAGGACAUGUCCUUUGAGGAGGGAGCGACGCUCCCGCUGGCUUACAGCACGGCUUACUACAGCCUGGUCGAGGCCGGGCGCCUCAGCGAAGGCGAGACGGUGCUGAUCCACGCGGCGGCAGGGGCAGUCGGCCAGGCAGCAAUUUGCAUUGCACAGAUAGUUGGUGCCAACAUCUACGUGACCGUUGGCAGCGCUGAGAAGAAGGCCCUCCUCAUGAACGAGUACGGCAUUCCUGAAAGCAACAUAUUCUACAGCCGCGACACAUCCUUUGGACUUGCCGUCCGACAGGCAACCAGUACGGGCGGCGUGGAUGUGGUCCUUAACUCGCUGACCGGGGAUGGUCUGAGGGAGUCGUGGGGUUGUCUGAACGAGUUCGGCCGGUUCAUCGACAUUGGCAAGCGGGAUGCCGGCCACAAGACACGUCUGGAGAUGAUGCACAGCGACAACAAUGCGAGCUUCAUCUCGGUGGAUAUCCUGGCCAUGGCGGCUGGCAGGCCUGCCGUCAUGAAGCGGCUAGUAGCCGAUGUCUCUAGGCUUCUCAACUACGGCAAGAUCAGGCCCAUCUCGCCCAUCAACACGUUCACCCUGUCGGAGGCCGAGCAGGCGCUCAAGUCGCUCCAAGGAGGGAGGCUCCCGGGCAAGUUGGUGGUAGUGCCACAGGCCGAGGAGAUCGUACAGGCGACGCCAUCCAGGAAACUAAACGAUCUGCUGCGGCCGGAUGCAACCUACAUCCUUAUUGGCGGCACCGGUGGCCUGGGCAGAAGCAUGGCCAGAUGGAUGGUGGGCAAGGGCGCCAGACAUAUUGUCCUGAUCUCCCGGACCGGCGCGACUACCGGGCCCGUUGGGGAGCUCAUUGCCGAAGCAAAGGCAACAGGUGCCGAGGUUGUGGUAAGGCCAUGCAACGUGGUCGACAGAGCGGCGGUGGACGCACUGCUCAGCCAAGAGCUACAAGAUCUGCCUCCGGUCCGUGGAGUCGUUCACGGUACUAUGGUCCUUCACGAUGUCCUAUUUGAACGCAUGGCAUUUGAAGACUACGACAGUGUCAUCGAAGGCAAGGUGCGUGGUGGGUGGAACUUCCACCACGCUCUCUCCGGCGUCCCGCUGGACUUCUUCGUUGCCAUCUCGUCGGUAUCAGGCGCGGUGGGCAACAGGGGGCAGGCUGCCUAUGCGGCGGCCAACUGCUUCCUGAACGCCCUGGUCCAGCACCGGCUGGCGCAUGGGCUUCCGGCUUCGUCUCUGGACCUGACCAUGGUCUCCGACUCUGGCUAUCUGGCACAGGAUGCCGAGAAGAUGGCCGAGGUGGCGCGGAACCUGGGCGGCGACAGCAUAUGCGAGGCCGAGGUGCUCGCUCUGCUCGGGGCAGCGAUCUCGGGGCGGCUGAGCUCGGCGUGCAACGACCACUGCAUGACGGGCUGCCGGAUGACGCCUUCGAUGAAGCCAUUCUGGACGCACGACGCCAAGUUCAAGCACCUGCGGGUGGCGAUGGAAGAGGCCGAGGCGGCGGACGCGUUGCGGGGUGGAGCGGCGGCGGUGUCGUUCAACGCGGCGCUCAAGGCGGCGCGGUCGCUGGCCGAGGCCGAGGAGGCGGUGUGCCGGGGCCUGGUGGACAAGAUCGCGGCGGUGCUGAUGAUGGAGCCCGAGGAGCUGGACGUGACGCGGUCGCUGUCGCACUACCCGCUCGACUCGCUCGUGGCCAUUGAGAUCCGCAACUUCAUCACGCGCGAGUUCGAGGCCAACCUGCAGGUCCUCGAGCUGCUGACGAGCGGCUCCAUCCAGACGCUGGCCAAGGCGGUCUGCGGGAAGAGCAAACUGGUCAACUUUGCAGCCUAG